AAUCUCGACUUUGCCCCCCAAUCGCUCCCCGCGGCGGCCAGUUCAAUUCCCUCCGCCGGCGGCGAGAUGUCCUUCUUCUUCCGAGCGGCGUCGCGUCCCCGUCAGCCGCAGCAGGAGCUAGUGCGCUCCAUCAAGGACUCCCUCCUCGCGCUCGACACCAAGACCGGCGCCAAGGCUCUCGAAGAUGUUGAGAAAAAUAUAUUCACCUUGCGACAAACACUUUCUGGUGAUGGAGAAGUUGAACCAAACCAGGAGCAGGUUUUACAGAUAGCCCUUGAAAUCUGCAAGGAGGAUGUACUUUCUCUCUUUGUUCAGAAUCUGCCUUCCUUGGGUUGGGAGGGUAGAAAGGAUCUUGUCCACUGCUGGUGCAUUUUGUUGAGGCAGAAGGUGGAUGAAAGUUACUGCUGCGUGCAGUAUAUCGAAAAUCAUGUUGAUCUUCUGGAUUUCCUUGUUGUUUGCUACAAUAACCUGGAGGUUGCAUUGAACUGUGGAAACAUGUUACGAGAAUGUAUAAAGUAUCCUGCACUUGCCAAAUAUAUAUUGGCGUCAAGUAGCUUUGAGUUGUUUUUCCAGUAUGUUGAGUUGCCAAACUUUGAUAUUGCUUCUGAUGCUCUGAAUACCUUCAAGGAUUUGCUCACAAGACAUGAAGAUGCAGUUUCUGAGUUUCUCAUUUCCCAUUAUGAACAGUUCUUUGAACUCUACAAAAGGCUUUUAACUUCAGAUAAUUAUGUGACAAGAAGACAAUCAGUGAAGUUUCUUUCAGAAUUUCUGUUGGAGGCGCCGAAUGCUCAGAUAAUGAAGCGGUACAUUUUGGAAGUUCGUUACUUAAACAUUAUGAUUGGUCUACUGAAGGAUUCAAGCAAAAAUAUCAGGAUAUGUGCCUUCCACAUUUUUAAGGUGUUUGUUGCCAAUCCAAACAAGCCUCGUGAUAUUAUUCAAGUUUUGGUUGACAAUCACAGAGAAUUGUUGAAAUUACUCCAUGAUCUUCCUGCAAGCAAAGGUGACGACGAACAAUUUGAUGAGGAGCGAGACUUAAUUAUCGAGGAAAUCAAGAAGCUCGUGCGCUCAGCAGUAUAGUCCCUUCUGAAAAUCAGAAUCAUCCUUUCAAAGCUUAGUGGUCAAGAAAGGGAAUCCCUUCCAUUCUUAUUUCGAAACCUCCUGUGUAAUAUGAUACCCUGUACAGACCUGUUCAACAUUUAUCACUAUACUUGAAACAGUUCGGUCAAAAAGUGAGUUCUUUCACAAUAACAUGAAGCAUUUGCUGCAUGCAUAUAUGGAUCAAAUGAAUUUACCGCACCA